CGUGGGGUGACGCGGGGGGUUCCCCAGCGCGGGGUGCCGGCCCCGGCUUCUCCCAUGAGUUGGCGGCGCCUCUGCAGCGCGGCGGUGGCGGGCGGUGCCAUUUGUUUGCUGAUGAUUGCGUAAUUGGCUGCAGUAGCUUCCAUGACGGGACCAAGACCGGUAGUUCUGAGUGGCCCAUCGGGUGCAGGAAAGAGCACUUUGUUAAAAAUGCUGCUUAAAGACUACGGCAAUGUCUUCGGCUUCAGUGUGUCUCAUACGACAAGGCAACCAAGAGUCGGAGAAGUGAAUGGCAAAGAGUACCACUUUGUGACCAGAGAACAAAUGCAGAAAGAAAUUGAUGCUGGCGAAUUCAUUGAGCAUGCGGAGUUCUCUGGAAACAUGUAUGGAACAAGUAAAGCUGCAGUGCAGGCCGUGCAGGCACGGAACCAGAUCUGCGUCCUGGAUAUCGACUUGCAGGGCGUCAAGAACAUUAAGAAAACUGACCUGAAGCCGAUCUACAUCUCUGUCCAGGCUCCGUCCAUAGAAGUCUUGGAAAAGAGACUGCGUGACAGACGGACGGAGUCCGAAGAGAGUCUACAGAAGCGGCUGAACGCAGCUCGCGUAGACAUGGAACUUAGUAAUGAACCUGGACUUUUUGACCUGAUCAUCAUCAAUAAUGAUCUACAAAAAGCCUAUUCUGAACUGAAGGAGAUUCUUGCAGAGGAAAUCCAGAAGGUCCAAGAAUCCAAGAAGUCCUGAGUUCAAUCUGCUUGGCCGCCAUUCCUAACGUGCUUCACAGCAUUCUGUUCCAAGAGAGACAUUCCCUUUAGCCUGAUCCCUUUCCGAGUUACUAUGACAUUUAUAGUAAAAAAAAAAA